UAUGAAAACAUAACAAAAUAAACGACAAAACGUUGCAGGUUGAAAGCAGAGCCGUUUGUUAGUUAUCGUUCUUCAAUUUCUAGUAUUUCAGGCUAAAGGGAAAAUGGCUUAUAGGGGAAAAAUUAUUAGUCUUUUUGGUUUAACUUGUAGAUCAGGAAGCAAAAUGUCAAGAAACGUUAACCCUGUUUACUCUAGUGUUUUGAUGCGUGUUAAUCCUAGAUUUAAGGAAAAUCAGACUACCCUAAAAAUGUCUGCUGUCACAUUUUCAAGCAUACAACGAUUGCACACAAGUUCACAGUGUCGUAUGUUUGUUCAGACACAAGACACUCCAAAUCCCAACAGUUUGAAAUUCCUUCCCGGAGUUCAGGUUCUUGAAUCUGAAACGAUGGAUUUCCCUACUCUAUCUUCAGCCCAGUGCUCACCCUUAGCUAAGCUUCUGUUUCGCAUUGAAGGUGUCAAAUCAGUAUUCCUUGGUCCAGAUUUCAUCACAAUCACAAAAAUUGAUGAAGAAACUGAUUGGAAAACUAUAAAAGCCGAAGUUUUUGCUACUAUAAUGGAUUUCUUCACUAGUGGACUUCCAGUAGUAAUUGAAGGAACCAAUCAACCUGAUAGUACAGAUGGAACCGAAGAAGAUAACGAUACCGUACUGAUGAUCAAAGAGUUAUUAGACAGCCGUAUCCGGCCCACUGUUCAAGAAGAUGGAGGAGAUCUUGUUUUUAAAGGCUUUAAAGAUGGCAUUGUUUAUUUAAAAUUGCAGGGAUCUUGCACCAGUUGCCCUAGUUCAAUGGUUACUCUGAAGAAUGGAGUUCAGAAUAUGUUACAGUUUUAUAUACCAGAGGUCAUUGCAGUAGAACAAGUUCUUGAAGAUGAACUCGACAAAAAGGCUAAAGAAGAAUUAGAAAAAUUUGAAAAUACGUUGCCCAAAUAAAUUUUCUAAAUGUGUUUGAUGAUGUACAGGUAUGGAGUAAAUUAUAGUUGAGGCUACCACUGUUAA